AUGGCGACUUGCGCUUCCGGCGCCCGACCUGAUGACUACUUACCACCCACUCGACAAUCCAGAACGCCGCUCAAGUUGUGGCCGGAAGCCAAUGCAGAAUCAUGGUUCUUUUAUAAGGUUGUAAUACUUGACCACCGCUGCUACGGGAGAUCGAUGUGCUCCAGAACUGGCUUGCUGUCUGCGAUCCAAGUGCGGAUCAUUGUCGCAAGCCGCAACACAAUUGCGCCGAGCUCUCUCUCCAACGAAACAACGUCGAGGCUACAAAUUGCAUUAUCAAAACACAUUGAGACUUGGUAA